CUCAAAGAAAUAGUUUUGACUACCUUUAUCGCUUAGUCGUAUAUCAUAGUCGGGGUGAUUUCAUUCGUUGUUCUUUCAGUGUUUCAUUUGGAUGGCAUCGCAUUGCGAAAACAAGAUUAUAUUAUUUUGUGUUAAUAGUGUUAAUGAAAAACAUCAUUUUCCAUAAUAUCACCAAAAACUACAUACAAAAGGAUUAUUAUCAAGUUGGAGAGACUCGUCUCACUCUGAAGAUGAAGAAAAUAUUUUUUAUUCUGUGACCUUUUUACAUACAUAAAUGUCAAUAUGGAUCAUAUCCUGAUAAAUUAAUAUUAGGUAGUGUAAAAGUGAUCACCGAACAUUUUACGACCUGGCUUGCUAAACAAUGGGGCCGAAAAAGGCUCCGCCAUAAAAGUUUAAGUGGGCCCGCCAUAAAACAAUUACAGAAAGGAUUGAUGACAUCAAUACAUCAUAAAGUGGUUCCGAGGAUGGUGAAGCGGUUUCGGGACACAGUGAGGGGUUCGAGCGAUGACCGGCGGGUGGCAAGCGAUGCGAGGUCGCAUCCCGUCAGGUGGGCUGGUAGGUCAGCUGGUGUCGCGUCCAGCUGCAGCUAGUGCGCGGGCGGCCUAUGCGGAGGGUGAUGUGUCGCGAUGUCCGGCAAGCCGGCGAGUGUGGCCGCGUCGCGAGCGGGCGUGGCAGGCGCGCCGCGCGUGCUGGUAUACGUGGCGGAGGCGCGCCAGCUAGAGUCGGCCGCUGGGGGGCCCGCGCCGCCGCCUCCGCCGCGAGACGCGCUGUACGAGCAGCACCUCGCCGUGUCCAGGAACUCGCUCUACCGACAGCCAGUCGACCAGAAUGAUAGGACCACCCCUGCCACCGUGUACUAUAAACCCUUCAGUGACUCUGAAACCAAAAUAAACUCUUUCGAUUCUGAUACUACAGCUCAGCGGGAACAAUUUUUUCCCAACCAAUUUAUAAAAGAAAACUGUUUAAGGACCAACGAGAAAGAUAGGUCUAUUAGUGAGAAAAAAGAUUGUGAUACACCUGAGUGGAGUAACGAUACUUAUGUUAGGAUACCUGUGCCGCACGUGGAUUUCGGAUACCAAAGAUGUCCGACCAGUGUAGAUAGUAGUAUGCCUAUGUUACCAGUGGUGCAUCAGAGCCAGUUCAAUGAUAGUGUGGUGCAAAGUGAUGAUAUGCACUGUGGUGAUAGAGAGGUCGCUAAGAGUUUUGUGAACUACCAGUUGUUAGAACAAAGCGUGUCACACCAGUCUAUAGUGAAUCAGAGUAUCAAUAUACUGAAUCAGCAAGUUGGUGUGAAUAGGGCGUUGGUCAGUGAGGAUACUCCCCAGCUGGUCCGCACUGCUGAAGGAGUGGUACUGGCAGUGCUGCCUUCUGUGUCUCAGUCUGAAGCUGAACUGAGGACUGUGCAUAGUGAAUUCCCACAAACUAUAACUGUGCCGUUGGGAUGGAGGAGAAUUAUCAACGGGACAUCAGUGUUGUAUGUUAGUCCCAGUGGAUCCGCGUUGAGUAACCUCUCGCAGCUACGGGAAUACUUACAAACAUCGGGCACUUGUAAGUGCGGGCUGCCCUGCCCUUUGAGACCGGAGACCGCCUUCAGUUUUGAUCCUAAGGUGGUAAGCAAGCCGUACCAAGUGGCUGCGGGUGCUGAGCUGACCAAGUUGUGCAACCACAAGCGGAAACUUUUGGCGUCACUGCAGUCCCGGGUCCAGUCACCCGUCACGCCGCCGCCGCAGACUAUCGAGCAGAAAAAAGUUCCGGGCGCUGAGACUGCAAAGAAGAAAAUGAAGAAACGGCACGGCUUCAUGCCCGCCAUGAGCGUGUCGCAAAUGAUGGUGCAAAGGGAGAGACCCCUCAACGAGUUCAAGCCCGAUAUUGACCAGAGGCGGACUGCAUCCCCUGGGGCCAUGCCCCAACGUGCAGCCACUGGACAAUCCUGUCUACCAUACUCGCAGCAGAACAUGCUAAAUGUUGUACAAGAGGAUAUAAAACAAGAGACUCUCGUACAAAGAAGCUCCCAUUAUCUUACUGUUAGUAGUGGUUGGAUAACGCAAAAUCAAGAAAUGGAAUCUAAUCCGAAAAUUAAUCCACCCAUAUCCGGACCAGUACAUAAUUCAAUAAAUGUUGGUCAGCCUGUACUCGGAACAAACGGGCAGGUUAUAGGCGUUAAUACGGGAUACAAUAAGCAUAUCGCAAAUGUUAAAAAUGCAAUGAAUGUACCUCAACAAAUGAUUAUGGAAAAAGAUCAUAAAGAAGACGAAAAAGACUCGCAUAUUAUUAAACAGCAACAAAGAGAAGAGUCACAGAUAUUCUGCGGCCUAAACCAACCACUUACGCCUGAGGUGAUGCAAAAGAUCAACGAGCAACAACAAAUAUUUAUUCAGCGAAAUCAAAAACAAAUAGAAGUUAUGAAGGGUUAUAAAACACAACCGACAGACAACGUGAAUCAAAAUAAGCCUAUUCAAAAUCAAUACGUGCAUCAAGGUCAACUGGUAAUACAAAACGGGGCUGUUGUCAAAACCAACUCUGCAAAAACACCACCAUGGCAAGUUAAGAGAAACGAUUCUAAUCCUUCCAAUUGUAUGAUUAGUCCCAGCCCGAAACUAAACAGGCUAGAAAAUAUGGACUACGAUGAACCGGGCAUAAAUACGUUUGAAGAUUCUUCGUCAUCAUCAGGUUCCUUCAUUAAUAAUGAACAGAUUAUAAAUCCUUCGAUGUGCUCUCGUGUGCCACCGCUUCCUCAACAUUAUAAUAUGAUGGGACAGCAUUGGCCGAGCGUAGAUCUAAAUAAGAAAAAGGUCAAAUGUAACAAAGCACCAAAGAAAAAAGCUAUGAACGAUAAUAAACCUAUAACUUACGGAAAUAACGGAAUAAGACAAUUACAGGAUAAAACGAAACCUAAUGAUGAUAUUGUGAGAAAUAAUGUCCCGUCUUUCAUGGACGAUCCCAAUGGAUAUUUAGCACAACAAACAGUGCUGUUGAACAACACAAUAUCUAGACAAGUGGGCAUUAAUAAUCAGUAUGAAGUUAAUCAAUUUGACAAUCCAAGUACUCAGUGCAAUUCGAUGAGCCAACCAGAUAAAAACUGCAAACCGAUGGCGAAACCUGGCGAGCACAUGAACGUGUUUAGAAAUAACGUGGUGCCGAAUCCGUCGCCGUCACCCAAUAAUACGCCGGACAGCAGUCUCAUACCCGACAAAUGUGUUGAAAAUAACAUGCCACAGUGCUGUAAAGGGUGCAACGUCCCGUACAAAGGGAACUGCAUAAAUUCCUCAGAAAGUCAAAUGCGAGCGAAAUUCCUAAAACAACAUCCCAAUGUUUACGGAAGAGAAUUAGAAAGUGGAGUACCUACUACCUCCAGCCCUAAACAUAUAUUCGAUGACAAUCCUGUUACAUCAUCUACAUAUAUUGAGCGGAAUAUCAUGAUGAAUGAUAACUGUGGGCCGAUACAAGCUGGUAUUGUUAGCACGAGUAAUGUGUCUCCUAAUGAAACGUUACAGCAACCAGAGCCCUCUCCGACACCCUCUAAUAGCUCUCGGAAUACAGACACGCCUCAUAGUAGCGGAAGUAAUUCGCAACUACAGAAUAAUUGUACAUUCCCCAUACAGAGUCCGGUUUACUCCAAUCCCGGCUCGAGUAGAGAUAAUUAUAAUAGCAACCCCUCUACACCAGGAAGUAAUCACACAUAUCCCUAUAAUUCGCCCGGGCCACCUAAUAGCCAUUCGGUGUCUGGAAACCAAGUAAUGCAUUUUAUAUCAAAUCACAAUGUCAAUAAAAAUCUAAUGGAAGUAGAUAACAUAUCAAUGGUAGGAGUAAAGCCAGGCUUGAGGAAUCAGCAGGAACUCUUCAGGUUUGAACCAAAGAAGAGAAUAGAGAACACCAUGCCUGGAUAUUGCCCUCCACCUCAUCUAGGGGGUGGGCCAGCACAUUCCCUUAUCCAAGCCUGUUAUAUCCAGACAUUUGUCACGACCAUGGCCAGUGGUUUUUCGGUUACACGAGAUACCGUCACGUCGGUUCUAGCUGGUAAAGCCAGCACGGCAACCACAUCUAUCAACGCAGCACAAGCUAAUUUCAUAAGGCCACCGCCACCCCCUAGCGUCAAUUUAGCUACUAGCUACGCUAUACCUAACAACCAGCCGGAUCCUUUCAUUAACUCUGUUAAUUUACCAACCAGUUACCCAUUGCAUAUCGCGGGUACUACCGCUCAGAACAUGAUAUCAAAGUCGCCGCUGGAAAUGGUGCAGAAUGUCAUAAGCAAUUUACCAUCGAAACCGGAAACGAGUUACACGCAAUCAACGUCAAUGCCCCAAAGACGUGCUUGUUCAACACCAGGCCAGAUUCUCAUUUCUUCCACAGGCCAAAUACUUGUGUCUAGUAAUCAAAUGCCGCCACCGCCCCCAAAGAACACGACAUCCAUGUCUCCGAUCAGUUCUAACGUUGUAACCAGUGGAACAUCUUCCGUAAGCCAAGUGGUAUCCGCCGUUGGUGGAGUUCAACCAAUCGUCAACCAACCAACUGUUAUGGUCAAUACUCUACCAACCCCGUUCGUAAUCCAGCCUCCCAUGAUGACUGUUGAUGGACAGGUUGUGCAACAAAACACUGUGUUGCCUCAAAUUGUAACUAGUGGCAUGGUUACCGGACAGCAAACGAACGAUAGUCAGCGUCAAAUUGAGGUUAAAAAUGGACAGGGUUUCGUUCAAGGGGUAGCAAUGUUGUCACCGGAGAGCUUAAAGAAAAGAGGUAAGAAGAAAAAGAAGAAUCAGACGCCAAAUAUAACGAGUGUUCUUCAAAUAGCAGCGCCCCAGCAAAACCAGAAUAACAUUAUGAUGCAUCACACUUCUCCGCAACAUAAUUCCAGUUCGCAAUUUUCUCCCCGCGGUUUCCAACUAUCGCCGACAAAUAAUAUAUCACCGACACCGAUGUUGCAAGCGUUAACUAUCGUUCCCGGAAAGUCGGGAACGCCGGCACAUAUAGUGAUGAACGGUCAGGGGAAUACAAACAAUUUUACGUCACAGCAGAUUAUAACGAAUACGUCCCCAUCACAACAAAUAAAUUUACUACAGCCUGUCAAUCUGAUCAAUAAUGCGAAUAAUGUUAUGUCAAACUUUCCGUCUUUCCAACAAUUUAUUCUACCGAAUCUCGGUGGGAUGGUAAUGACGGCGGAUGGAACGGCCAUUAUUCAGGACAAUUCGACUGGAAUGCCAAUGCAGCUACAGUUACAAACUGUCAACGGUCAGAAUGUAUUAACACCUGUGCAGAAUUCUGGGCUGUUCACCACGGGGACCAACAGUGGUGUGGUUAUCAGAGCACAAAACCAGCAAGGUAAGAUAAUACAGUCACAGCACAGUCCCGGAGCACAAUUCCUUUCUCCAAACAGUCAAGUGAUGAUGAACAGUCCAAACUUUAACGGUCAAUUGAGUCCAUUGCUCACUAACCUGAGUCCUACAAACGUUUUUAACACGAGCCCGCAACUGAGAUCGGGAAACGUUCAAACUCAAGAAUUCAUACAGACUAAUCAAAUGGGACAGACGUUAAUGGUUCCACUGUCACCCAAACAAGUACCCAUAUCCGCUACGAGCAACAGAACCAAUUCUACUUUCGUCCAGAACACUACUAUAGUGCAGCAACAAACAACUUUAGUUUCUAACUCACACAACGCUCAAAAUAUGAACAUGCAGGGUGGAAACUCGCGACUGAGUAUAGACCCUAAUAUUCUACUCAAUCAGAAACCAGUUGCAAAUCCAAAAAGGUUCAAUCAAUUGAUCGGGGAGAGUAGCCAAGUGGAGUUCAAAGAAGAUAAGGCUAUAUCAUUCGAUCACGUGAUUAAAGACGAUAAGCCAGACGCUUCUGAGGAGUACGCAAGAUUGAUGCAAGAAUUGGGAGGUGUACGGCAUUCGGUGUCUACGCAGACGUUGGGCCAACGCGGUGGCAAAUCUCCGAACACAGCCGGGGGCUCGCCGCCCGAUACAACGACUCAUAGUCCCCUUGGUGCGUUGGACGCGGCACCCAGUCCUCGCAUCUAUGCCGCGGCAUCGAAUUACGCUGAUACUACCACCAAGUCACCGGAGCCCGCGGAUAUACAUUCUUCGGCGAUGGUCCAAUGCGUGUCGAGCAGCGAGCAGGACAUGGCCGAGUCCCGCGAGCGUACUUGGCCAACGCCUAGGAGCGACAUUAGCUCCGAUUCUGAACAAAACAUGUUGUCAAACAUACAACUGAUGCGUAUGAACCGCACACACAAUUCAGUUGAAUCGAGCGAAAUUCAAUACAACCAGAGCAUGAACACAGCUGGCAGCCAACAUAUCCUGCCCAUGACAUCGACUCUGUACGACCGCCCGCACAGCUAUAAGCGAAAAAACGAUUUCGGUGACGGAUCGACGUACAGGAACGACAAAAUUAUGAGGUCCAAUUACGGCAUGGUACACGGAUUGCCGAAGGACUACGAGAAUAUGUCUAUGGGUCAGGAUAAACAGCAGAGACGCUUCUCGCCUUCAGGGAGCAACUCUGAGAAUUCAUCCAUUCAGAAAGUGUUUGACAGACAUUUAGGUUCCGACAACGAUUCGAAGAGCGAAGACGAGUCGGACGACAAAUCGCAGGACGGGUCGUGCGACAAAUCCAUACGAAGGCUUGAAGUCGGGGAUCUGGUUUGGGGCCCUGUGAAAGGUUACGCGUCCUGGCCCGGCAAGUUGGAGGCGAGGGUGUCUGAGGCUAAGUGGAGUGUGCGCUGGUUCGGGGAUAGAUCGCCCGGGGAGGUGGAACAUUCGAGACUGCUGACGCUGUGCGAAGGCCUUGAAGCUCAUCACGCUGCAAGAAUGCGCCAUAGGAAGAGCAGAAAAUUGAACACGCUCCUAGAGAACGCGAUACAGGAAGCAAUGGCGGAGCUGGAUAAGAAGACGGAAACUAACGAGCCGGAGGAAAGUAUGGAUGACGUCACAGACAUCACAGAAACACCCAAACGCAACAAAACACAUCACAAACUCAAGACCAAACACAAGAAGAACCCUGCCAAAGUCGACGCUACUCGAUUACGGAGCUCUCGAUGACAAUAAUGUAAAACUGUAGGUAAAUAGUAAACUACAGUCCGGCUAAAACAAUGCGUUCUUGUGUGUACGAAUUCCAAAAAAAUUGCGUUGUUUCACGGGAUAACGUCAUUUAAAUCGAUGAACGACGGCUGCACGCACGAAAAACAUGACUCAUUGUCGCGUUCCGCCCGACCGGAGCGUGCAAACGAUAGCGCGAAACAAGUAAUAGAGAGGUACGAUCGGCUUAUGUUGCAUCUAUCGUUGACGUUAUCACUAUAGUUAUCGUCCUAAAACCGAUUUUUACCGACCAAUUUUUUUAUUAAAUUAAAAUAAAAUUUUAACCGUUAUAGUUAUAUAUAGCUUCGGUGACGCCAGGAACGCAUUCUUUUAACGGCUGGGCUUUAUACGGAAAUACCACGGUAGUUUUAACACUUGCAACGCGCUAAAUAAUCCUUAGUAUAAGAUUAGUGUCGAAACGCCAGAGUAAAGUGUAACUUAUCCACGUUGUUUUAAAGUUGAAAUUCGUCCGAACUACAGAUGGUCCAAUAAUUAAAAUCUGUACUGCAGAAUUUACGACUCUAAAAUUACAAUACAAUUACAAGACAAUAUGAAUCUUAUACUAAGUUUACAGACAACGAUGUAACAUCAAAGCGUUGUUUAAAAUGAAAUAAUAGGAUUCUGUGACAGAAUCCACACUGCGACCGCCGCAAGGUGUGGAGUGUUUGUAGUGUGACUCGUUACGUUAUAAAUAGUUCUGCUUUAGUAGAGCCAGUGAGACGACAUAAGAAAUGUGAAUAAACUUUUUCGUCAAUUUUGACACCUUUUCUCUAGUAUAAAAUAGCUUCUUUGUCGUAUUAUUUAUGAUACUAUAUAUAUUGAAUUUUCAUGCCUGACUAAUUUUGAUGCCGUUUGGAGUUUUAAUUAUAAUCUAGUUCGCGCGACGCUGCCCGUAAUACAAAAUGCAGUAGCCCGCAAGGAGCAAAAACUAGUUUGUAACUAGUUGGUAAUGAAAAGAGAAGUUAUUUCAUCAAUUUCUAUAUUAUGUGUGCAGUUUUAAUUCUUAUACAUUAUUUAUAUCGUCUUUUUGGCUUCGCUUUAGCUGACAUAACACAAAUGUCCCGUGCCAUCGAGUAGGAUAGCGUGUUGCAAGUAUAUUUCCACCCUUAUAUAAUUAGAAUGAGCCAUUUGUAUAAAUACUUAGAUUAAACAAUGAUUAUUGUGUAUAACUGAUAUACAGAGGUUAGUUUCAGAUUUGACAAAUAGAAUUAGAAAUAGACAUUUACCGUACCAAUUUCACAUACCAAUACAUGAAUUCGCAAACCCUUGUUUCGGAUGAACGUAAUACUAUCGAAUAAUAUCGAAUGUUAUCGAUACUUUAAUGAUUCUCAUAUUUUAUAACAUCUAUAACAUCAUCUCUAUGUGAUUAACAAACAGCGAUGAAGGCAAAAUUUGAUCCUUAAUCAAAUAUUCAUUAGCUUUGAAUCAAAAGCUAUAGUCGACGUAAAUAUGUGAAUGGAUGGUAUCAUACUUUAAUAAGUUUUCUGACAUUUCCAUUGUAUCGAAUGCAUGUUUCUACUAAAAAAAAACGACUUUUGAAGGGCUGUAUGAACCUUGCGAAUUCAUGCAUUGGUAUAUAACAACGAAUUCUUUUAAAAGAGACUUCUUAUUUGAUAAAGAUGCACCUUAUACCGAUAUAUACGGAGUGCCCGAUGGAUUUACAUUGACUUAGCAUUUUUGUGUUAAGUAUAGCCACUGAAACGAUUCGACUGAAAGAUGUACGUAUAGAACAUAAUAGUAAUUUUUCGGGCAUCUACAUGUUAUAAUAAGUCGUUUAAUCUAUAUAAGCUUAAAUCAAACCACUGGGGACCGCACCCGCCUUUUAUUAUACUGUCAAAGAAGGUGAAAAAAGGGAUAAAAUCGGAAUUCAAAAUAAGCUAUAAAGUUGUUUAAAUACCUUCUUCGAAUUCUUUAGCAGUUUUUAAAACCCGUGUCCGCAAACACUUCCGGUCACUCUAAAUUUUCAUUUCUUGUUAUUUCUUUCUAACA